UGGAGGAAGUGGAUCGCAUUUCAUACUUGUAGCAUUCUCUCUCUCUCUCUAUAUAUAGUGUACUUGCAUUGUAUCUUAUUGAAAGAGAUGAGGGUACAAUCAAAGAAGUUCCGAGGUGUCAGGCAAAGACAAUGGGGAUCUUGGGUUUCUGAGAUCCGCCACCCUUUGCUGAAGCGGCGGAUCUGGCUUGGAACAUUUGAUACGGCUGAAGCAGCGGCAAGAGCCUAUGAUCAAGCGGCGGUGUUGAUGAACGGUCAGAAUGCAAAGACAAAUUUUCCUGUAACCAACAAGACACCAGAAGCCAGUAACAACAACUCUCCGGCAGCAACCCUGGCCGCUAAGCUCAGAAAAUGCUGCAAGGAUCCAGCACCGUCUCUAACAUGCUUACGUCUGGACAGCGAUAAUUCACAUAUCGGGGUGUGGCAGAAACGUGCUGGGAAAGAGUCUCGCUCCGGCUGGGUGAUGAAAGUUGAGCUUGGUGGCAAGAAGAGGAAAGAGAUAGAGAAGGAGGAAGAAAUGGCGUCAUCAUCGGAAGCUUUGUAUCCGAUAACGGCGGAAGAUGGUGGCGGUGGCGGUGAAGAAAGCAUUGAGGAUGAGGAGAAUAGGGUGGCAAGCCAAAUGAUAGAGGAAUUGCUUGGCUGGAAAUAGAUAGUCGUGGGUGGGGACUUUUCUCAAGUAUAUAUUGUUUAUGUACCUUUUAAGAAAAAUAUAAAAAAGCCAAGUACAUUAUAUAUGUUAGGUUAUAAAAUAAUAUAAAAAUAAUAAAUAUCAUUCCUAAAGAAAUACUCAGAUUGAAAAUUUUUUAUUAUUUUUUAUAGGUUGAAAUUUCUUUAUAGAAGUUAUUUGAUUAGCAGCAUUGGAUUUUCAAUUGCAUAUUAUAUUAAUAUAUUUGAACGGUCAACUUCAUGUAUAUUAUAUAUGAUUGAGCAAAUUGCAAAUAGUAAAAAUUAUGUCUCAUGGUUUGA